AGAGCGGGACACAAUCUAACCAAGAGGCUGACGCGGAAAUCCGAAACAGCUCGGUUUUUUUAACACCCGGCAUGUAAAUAUUACUUUGCUGGGCUUUGCAUACAUAAUCCCUUUGAUUUAAUGCUACGAGGAUGUGUGAGAACCGUGCAGUAUCCUGGUUUUAGCAGAAAGUCUGCUUCCGUGAGGCUGAAGUGUCCUGAUAUGUGACUGUGUGUUGAAUUAGUCCACUGAGAUGCUGUCCUCCGGUCCAAAGCUGCUGGCUCUGUGCUCCUGUCUCAGUCUGCUUGUACUUUCUCAUGUCAUAGAGGCAAAGAAGGAUUUUAAAAGCGCCUGUUCUACCUGUAAGGAAAUAACUGAUAACUUCGAAAAGGUAAGAAAACAGUCACAAACUUCCCACUGUGGGGUUUGUUUUCUUCAUUUUGUUGGUAUUUCCGUGGUUCCAUCAGUGUUGUUGUGUUUUUACUACUGGAAGUGUCAGACUUUUCUCAGGUUCACCAGUUUCUGUCAUAAUCAAUCACACCAUAUCAUUUUUAGGGGUAUGAUCGAACAGCAAAGCAGAACUUUGGGGGAGGCAACACAGCCUGGGAGGAGAGAAAACUGUCUAAAUAUGAGACCAGGUAAGACACCUGUCCAAAAUACAGGUCGCCAUGCUCCAGACCAAGGCCCAUGUUUGCUCUCAGCCUCAGCUGCAGGUCUUUGUGCUUGAUAGCAGAGUAGUGUCUCAGAGUGUGUCUUCAGAGUCUUCUGAGCUCCUCUUCUACCCAUGUGGACUUAGGUAGGGGAGAGUGGGGUAAGAUGAGCCACCCCCUGUUGCUUGGAAAUGGUAAAAGAAAUUGAUCAUGUGACCAAAUAUUUAGGUGAUGGGCAUCAAUUCAUGUAGUCUGUGAAGGUUAGAAGCACAUGGUUGAAGGGGUUAGACAUUUAUUUCCAAAAAAACAUUUUUCUCUCGUAUAAGUGAAUUUAGUCUGUUGUAACUUUUAUUAGAAUUGUGUUCAGACCAAAAAAGAUGUAGUGAUCUGAAAUGUGAAAAAUGGUUCAUCUUACCCCACUCUCCCCUCCUGGUAAAUAUCCAAAGUGUAGCACCUGACACUUAUUUAUUGUGAAAUUCCUACUCUUGCAUGACCUACUUAACUGUUUGGUUUCCUGCAUUUGAAUCCAAAUAUUCAAUCAUGAACUAACUUGUGUUAUCUAACCAUUUAUCAAUCAAUCAGUUUUCAGUCAAUCACCUUAUUUAUAUAGUACUUUUCAUACACAACCAUGUAGCAAAAAGUGCUUUACACAGAAAAAGGAAUAAAAGAAACAAAGAAUACCCAAAUCUAUCCCAACCCAACCCCUCAUUCCUACCCCAUGAUCUAAAUGCAACAGAAACAGUAUUAAAAUGCAUAAACUUAAAAAGUGCUUGAUUUCGUGAAAACAGGAACAUGUGCACUGAGGAAACGUCAUUUUAAAACUCAAAAUAAGGAAACACUGGAGGUUUAGGUUAAAAUCUGAGAAGAAAGUAACAUAGAAGGAAGUUUAAGAAAUAAUAGAUAAAAAAAGAAAUAAAAACAACAGUAAAAGAUACAAAAAUGAGAGCACCCAAAUAGCUCAAUAAAAGACAAUUCUGUCAUUAAAACUAGAAAGAGAUAAAACAGAUAAAACACACAAACAAAGUUAAUGAUAUAAAAUUUAGUUAAAAGCAAGACUAUUUAUUUAUGUGCUGGCACAGACUAACUUCCUCUCCUGUUCCCUCUGAACUUCUUGUCAUUGAUUUCACCCAGUAACUCGCGUUUGUGUUGUGCUUCCUUUACAGUGAAAUUCGUCUCGUUGAGAUUCUGGAGGGGCUGUGUGAAAGCAGUAGUUUUGAAUGUAACCGUAUGCUAGAGGAACACGAAGAGCACUUUGAGACAUGGUGGUUCAAACGGUGGGUGUGGAAAUAUUUUCAAAGACAAAAGACUCACCUGCAGGGUUUUCUGUGUACUGAACAAUUGCUUCAUUUGGUGAAACAUGGCAAACCUGAUCUUUUUGUUGGGUUUCUUUUCACAAUGCAGGAAAACAAAACAUCCUGAUCUGAAUAAGUGGUUCUGCAUUGAAACCAUAAAGGUUUGCUGUCCAAAAGGAACAUUUGGACCAGACUGUAAUGGUGAGAAAACACUUCUAAAGCACAUUUAUAUUGUGUAUUGGUUCUGCUUCUGUCACAGCAAAGAAAGCAAUGUUUUUUCAAUGGAAACCCUGUGUUGCUGCAUGAAAAACGUCUUCUCUGCUGUUUGAUUGAACCUCUUCCAGCCUGUGUGGGGGGCUCUGACAGACCUUGUCAUGGAAAUGGAAAGUGUGAUGGUGAUGGAACUCGUGGAGGAAAUGGAAAGUGCAGCUGUGAUCUAGGUUAUGAAGGAGAAUUCUGUCUGGACUGCAUGGAUGGUUACUUCAACAAAGAGAAGAAUGACACCUUCUCUCUGUGUUCAGGUACGCUUCAGCACACCGAACUUAGUAAAAAAGAAGUAAAAAAAUGCGAGUUACAGACUGUGAGCCUGAAUAUGUGGCUCCUUUAGAAUGCCACUCCUCCUGCAAAACCUGCACUGGAGCAACCCACCAGGACUGUGACGAGUGCAAAGACGGCUGGGAGGAGGAUGAUCAGGAAGCUUGUGUCGGUGAGUGAGUUCUUGCGUUGGUGUGUGACAGUCAAAUACAAACAUCUCAAAGUUAAUCCAAAAGCUGCGAUUCUACAAAAUAUGUCAUUUACAGCCUUUUCUUUGGCAUAAUACUGUUUGCAGCUGUAUUUGAGAAGCAGAUACUUUUCAUCAAGAUGUAUUAAAAACUGCUGAUAUCUGUCUGAUCUUUUUUACUGUUAUUAUGAAGCUGUCUUCAUGCAGAGCUGUAGUAAAGAAACGUUAAAGUUACAGCCACAUCUGCUGUCAUUUAUGUAAGAACAUUGUAUAGGGUGUAAUCUUGACCUCACUGCGAUCCAUGUGUUGUGUCACAGAUGUGAAUGAGUGCGCCAAAGAAGUCUCUCCAUGUACAGAACAUCAAUACUGCCUAAACACAGAAGGCUCCUACUCCUGCAAGAGUAAGAAAACACACUUGAACGUAGCUCAUCAUUCUUUGUUUGCACUGUAGAUGGCAGAUAAAAUCACCAAAGCCUUACUAAAAUACUUGUAGGACUUAAUGUGAUAGUUGUUUGAGAGGAAAUUCCCCAGUAACUGAUCUCUGUGAGUUGAUGUAAUAUUUUUUAAUCAAUAAGGCUUACUUUAUUUAAUCAUUUUUAAAUUAUGAAUCAAUCCAGCCUCAGUUCUUAGAAACAUUUGCUUGAGACAGUGCUAAGAGUAUUGUAAACACACAGUUUAUGUUGUGUUGUGACCUUGGGGAUAAAUUGUAUUGUAACCCUGUUUCUAAAUGACUCAGCAUUGUGUAUAGAUGCCAAUACUGUGAUAUAUCUGUGAGCCAAAUGAUAUCACAAAUUUGGGUCAUUUGUAUUUUUGCUGUCAUAAAUUCUAUAGAAAAAAAGACAAAUAGAAAUAUCACUCUGCAUAUAACUGUAGAAAUGAACUUUUAUCAUGAUAGCAUUAUGGUUGUCCACUGUAUUUACUGAGAAUUGAAAGUGUUGUUGUUUGACACUGUUCACAGCUUGUGAUAAAGAGUGCUCUGGCUGCACUGGAGCUGGUCCUGAUAAGUGCCAAACAUGUGCCAAUGGGUACCAAGACACAGAUGGCACCUGCACAGGUAUGUACUGUAAAAAAAAUGAACAAAAUACAAAAAAAUUCCUCUGUGUCUGUCAGCAAAAGUCUGCCCAAUUUUAAAAAGUCACCACAAUAUGAGAACAAAAUAUAAGGCCAGUGUUUUUUAUAAGUAGAAACAUCUGACACUUAAAAAAAAAAAAAAAUUUGGUUGUCUUUAGACAUCAAGUUUUUAUGUAUUCAAAUGAAUGAAACAUACAGGUGCAUCUCUGGUUGGAUAUUUCCCUGAGUGAAAAUUGAACUUAUUCUCAACUUUUUGCAUAUAUAAUGUUUCAAGAAUUUCUGUGUUUCAUUCUUAUAAUUAUAGCCUACAACCAAAAAAAGUCAAAUUGAAUAUAGAAAAAUAAACCUCUUUUGUAGUCAAUGUACCAGCGCAAUGAAAUAAUAAAAGCUAAAGCUGUACACAGUGCAAUAAAAGAUAAAUAACAAAAACAGCGGUUCACUUACCAAACAAACAUGUUUUAAAAAUUAUAAGAAAAGACAUGAACAAGUCUUCAGUCACAGUAAUGGAAAAACCCUCACAUAGUUAAUUAAAUAAAUGAAAGUGCAUAACAGUUAUUAUUCAAUGAUCAGCAGGGGGUUGAUAUUUUUAAUGAAUACCAUGAUUAGAUAUUUGUCACUAUGAGGAGUUCAGUGUUCCAAUAACCCCGGGAAAGACGCUGGUCUGUUUGUUCUGCUUUACCACUCCUGUACCGUCUACCGGGCAGUGAAGUGGACAGUGGAUGGCUGGGGUAAGAGGGGAGAUUUGUGAUUUUCCAGACUCUCGAGAGGCACUGAGAGCACGCAAUGUUCCUCCAAGGAGGGCAAAGAGCACCCAGUGACUCUCCCUGCUGAACAUAUUAACCUCUGCAGAGAUUUCCUAUCUGUACAGCUGGAAUACCAUAUGGUUACGCAGUAUGCAAUGAUACUCUCGUCUGAGGAGCAAGAGAAAGUCACUAACAGCUUCUUCUUCAGUUCCACUUUAUGGAGCAGUCUUAGGAAGUGCUGCCACUGCUGGGACUUUUUAACCUUCGACAUGACCAGGACAGAUCCUCUGUGAUUUACAAUGGAUAUAAAAACUCUCUAUACCUCUGUUAAAAUGACAGGUGAUGAUGUGUACUGCAGCCCGUCACCAGAGGGUGCUGUUCUCGAGGUGGCUUCACCCAGCAAGGAGGCAUACAGCGUUCACUCUAUAUACAGUCUAUGGCUAUAACAUUUACAACUAAACUGAAAAGAAUAUUUAUAUAUCCGAGGCGUUAGAUAUACCAGGGAGCACAGUGAAGACAUUCAUCAUCAAAAAGGGUGCAACAAUGACAUUACCAAGAACUGGACAUUCCUCCAACAUUGAUAAAAAGACUAGAAGGAAACCUUCAGGUUCUGCUAGAAAGCUGAAGUAACUCAUAACCAUUAAAGAAAACACUGAAGAACUAAAGGCAGCUACUAAAGCAAGCUCGGCUUCACUAACACCUCAGCAGAGCCACAGGCUUGACUUCUCCCUGUCACCCCACACUGAUGGAGUUUGUCAUGAAGAAUCCCCAGUAUAUUAACCGAGUGUAUUAAUGAACAUACUUUUCAGGAGGUGGGUGUUUCUGUAUCUUAAAUCAUAAUUUGACUGAUCUAAGGGAGUAUUCUUAUGAUUAGCUGGAUAUCUGAUUUUCAUUAACUGUAAGUUAUGAUCAUGGAACUAAAAUAAAAAGCCAUAAAAUGUUCAAAAAUAGGAUUUCUCUUGAUAUUCUGAAUUCUGUUUGCACAGACGACUGUAAAAAAAAAAGUGCUGUUUGGAGAAAGAAUGUGCUGUUACCUCUGAAUGUGACGACAGCUUUGUGUUUGUGCAUUAUGAAUGAGACUUUACAAUCUUUUCCAGAUAUCGAUGAAUGCUCCCAGCCAGAGUCGGUAUGCACUGAAGAGAACCAGCAGUGUCUUAAUACUAAAGGCAGCUACUCAUGUAUCUGCUCAAUAGGAUUUGAAGAGCAAGAUGGCAAGUGUGUCCAAAUGCCACAACCAGGUGAGGAUUACUGUUGAUUCAUAGACUAGACUCUAACUGUUUAAUAGAUCAUAGAUGAUAGCUGAAAGCAUCAGCGUAGUCUGUAGGGACGGUUGUCUGUUUCUAAAGAAGGGUCCAGAAGCUCAAAGAUGAUGGUGCCAUAUUUGAACGCUGGCUCCAGCUGACUUCAGGCUACAACCCCACUUCUCAGUCAAACCAGCAUCAACCUUUUCUGUACUUCGAGCCUUUUGCUGAACUCCAUCAUGAUAUUUGAAACAUGAUUACUUUUGCUUUUCACACAGAUACAGAGGAGGACUCAGAUUCUUCUGUGACAAACACAAAUCAGCACAAUGAGCUUUGAUGUGAAACCUGGGACGAUUCGAAGCGAGUCAGGAAGAUGGGUUCAAGUUUUAUUUCCCAUCUGAGGGAGUGGGUUUUAAAAUUUUCCACAACAUGCACUUAAGACGCCAGCUGAACCUGGAAUCAACAGAAACAGUUAAGACAUUAAUUCCCACCUGUGGAUCAUGGAUUCAAGGACAAAGAGACAUUUUAUGCUCUUGAAUAUGCCGGCCAAUGUUGCUUUUCUCUGGUUUUCUCUAAAAUGCCACUGGUCUUCAUUUGUUAUAUGGUUUUAAAAUGCAGAUGUUUGAAUAAAGGUGAAUAAUGUUAAAUUUAA